ACGGUGGGGACCUUGCCUUCCUUGCGACCUUGCUCCAAGACAAAGCCCUCCAAGCCUUAGUUCAUCCAAGCACAAUCAUGCGAAUGAUGCAAGCACGACCGAAACAACGAAGCUGAGGAGUCAACUGAAAACUAAAGCCACCGGAACUUCCGAACCCCUGAGCCGACUUCUCGCCGAAGCUCUCACUGCAACAUCGGAACAAGUGCGUGUGAAUGUUGGAGACCUGGAAACUGUUUGUCGAGUCUUGCGUCGACAGCGAAGCAAGGUGCGCCCAACAGGGCCGUCAACAACUAGGGACCUGCAUGUUCAGGACACCUGGGCAACAACCGGAAGAGCACAACCACAGCCGUUUCUACUUUGACAACGGGCAAGAGCGCCAAGGCCGCAUGCUGGUUUUCUUCCACCCACGAGCAACUCGCAGCGUUAAGCAGUAGCUAGACCUGGUAUAUGGAUGGCACAUUCUCAGUGUGCUCGCAGAUAUUCAAGCAGCUCUACGUCCUGCGCUGCAAAGUAGGAGACAGUUCAUUGGCCUGAAUGCUCAUACUUCUUUCGGGAAAGAGCUUGGCGACCUACGAGGAACUCUUUGAAGCGAUUGUGGAGAGCUGUGAGGAAAGAGGGUACCAUCUGGACCUUACUGUUAUCAUAAGCGACUAUGAGAUCGCCGCCAUGAAAGCUGCAAAGGAGGUCUUCGGGGAACACGUUACUACCAGAGGUUGCUUCUUCCAGCUAUGCCAAAGCAAUCGCAGAAAGAUCCACAUGAAGAUUGUUGCCUUCAGCAACCAGGGGAUAGCUCCGUCCAGUUGCGACGCCUCGUCGUGCGCAGUAAAGGUGCUGCAUGCCCUUCCCAAGUGCCCGAUGUCAGAGGCCCGGGAGCUGGAGCUUUUGUUGGGCUCUGCACACCUCAACGUAAGGCGGACGGUGCCAAGUGGGUGGGCGGCCGCUGCAGCGUCCCUCCUCCUGCAGGCCCUUCUGGAGGCACAUGAUGCCGUGGCCCGAAAGGACUUUGUGCCUUCGCUUGGUGAGGCCCCCUGCGACGAGGAUGAGGAGACGGUCCGCAUUGUGCAGCUGGUCAAGGGAAACGAACCACUGGGGGCCACUGUCAAGUUCUGCGAGGGGGCCCAGGCAAUCACGGUGGCCAGGAUCCUGCACGGAGGAGCGGCCGACCGGAGCGGCCUCAUUCACGUGGGCGACCAAGUGCACGAGGUGAAUGGAGUCAGCGUCAAGGGCAGGGCACCCCUGGACGUUGUCAACCUUCUGCAAAGCCAGGAGGGCCCCGUCACGCUGAAGCUGGUGCCUGGCGAGGAGCCGCUGACUUGCGCGGAGCGGCGGCUACGACUGCGCGCCCUGUUUGACUACGCGCCCGAGCGGGAUCCGCUGAUCCCGUGCCCGGAGGCCGGCCUGCCCUUCUGCCGAGGGCAGGUGCUGCAUGUGGUGAGCGUGGCGGACGCCGGAUGGUGGCAGGCACGCUGGGACGGGGAGCGCUCGGCCCCCGCCCGGCUCAUCCCGGCCCCAAGCCUGCAGGAAAGGCGUUUUGCCUCCCUGCGAGUGGCUGGAGACGAGGCUGAGCUUCCUGGCUGCUACUACUCGCCACUUCAGCUCAAGGCCCGGAGGGCAAAGAAGGUCAUGUACCAUGUCGCCGACAACCAGGAUUUUGACCGUGAACUGAUUUCCACCUAUGAGGAAGUGGCCAAGCUUUAUCCGCGCCCCGGCCUGCACCGGCCUAUAGUGCUGAUCGGACCCCCGGGAGUCGGAAGGAAUGAGCUGAAGCGAAGACUGGUUGCCAGCAACCCUGACAAGUUCCGGACGACCAUUCCUUACACGAGCCGUCCUGCCAAGCCGUGGGAAGUGGACGGCAGGGACUACUACUUCGUGAGCCGUGCACUAAUGGAGCAAGAAAUUCGCCAGGGACGUUUUGUGGAGCACGGCAAGUACCGAGGAAACCUGUACGGCACGAGCCUGGACACGGUGCGGGCAGUUGUCAACAGUGGCUUUGUGUGCGUGCUCAGCCCUCAUCCCCAGGCACUGAAGAUGCUGAGGACGGCUGAACUCAAGCCAUUUGUGAUCUUCAUUAAGCCACCUAGUCUGGAGGUUUUGAAGGAGACCCGUAACAGAGCUUGUGCACGCUCGACCUUCGACGAGAACUGCUCCCGAGGAUUUACGGACGAUGAGUUCCACGACAUACUGUACCUGGGCCACAAGAUGGACUUUCUGUACGGCCACAUGUUUGAUCGAACCAUAGUGAAUGAAGAACUGUCCCACGCCUUCCAUGAACUGAUGACCGUCCUGAAGGAAAUAGAGGCGGAACCGCAAUGGGUGCCUGCCAGUUGGGUGGUUGCCUCGCAGUGAGUCCUGCCCUGGAAAGCUGGGGCUGAACGCCGGUCUGCUCUGUGCCAUUGCCUGGAGGUGUUUCUCCGAGAAGUGUCUAGUGAUCCUUGCUCAGGCUGGGUGCAGAUGGGUCACGAGGGAAGCGCGUAGCUAAGAAGAUUUUAUUCCCUUCUCGUCACGCAUUUGAGGAAAUAAAGCGGACAACUACUACUUGGGACCAACAAAGCUAUGCACUUCUAGGAGUGAAAGGUAGUUUCUCAUGGACUGAAGUGGCCCAAUGAUUACGCAAAGGUGCGUGUAAAGGUCCGUUCACACAGUGGCAUUCGACAAUGUUACGAGGAGUUAAGACCAAGAGUCAACGGCAUAUCUGUGCUUCGCGUGUUGUAUGCAAGGCUACUUCUUGAAUUGAUUGCUAUGCUUUGUACGAAUCACAAAUGGCACAGCGACUCGCAGCCAUAACUCGACCUAAGUCCUUGCAAUGUAGUCGAACAGACAUAAUCAUACACUAUUGUGUGAGCAUACUCAUACUGUACUGUGUGAAUGGGCCUUUGAAGUAGAAGCUUCAUGCGAGCAUUAUGGCUGGGUGAUGUUCAGCUCUGAUGUAUUUUGUCCGCAUCAAACGUUUAGUACAGUGGUUGUGGCAGUUGAUCAAGUCAAAGAAUUAAUUUAAUGAAGUGGAAGUCGAAAAAUGUGAGAGUGGGUGAGUUGAAACUUGUGGGGGAGCUCAUGCACAAUUGGGGACAUUUCUUUGUGCUCUCUUCUGUGAUAUUUCUCCCUUGGUGUUAAAGGGCAACUCCGCUUCAUUUUUGUUGAAAAAAAAUGAUGCAGUCCUCUUCAGUAUCACUUAGGAAGACCACACGUCAAAUAUUACGACCUAGUUCUAUCUAAAUGUUUCUUAAAUGGUCUGGCAAACUUUGCAAUGUGCCAAGUUGCCGAAAUCGGCUGACUCUAGCGUGUGAAUCGAGGUGCAACCAACUGUGUAGUCAAGGCUACGGUGUUGGUGUACCCACAUUGAGCUAAAUGUCAUCACCAUUGCCUCUUUUUGUUUGUUUUUCCUUCUUCGGGCAAGCGUAACAGGUGACGUCAGCAACAUUUCCUCUCUGCGCUCAGUGGGGUCCAUGUGAUUGGCGUAAUGCGCCUGCGCAGUGCGCUUCUUCGGAGCCGUCCCGCCGUUACCGCCGUGUCUCGCGUCGCAACCGCCGUCGUCGUCUCACCGUUUGUGAUUAUUGUCUCUCGGAGUUUCGUUCACACUACGUGCGCAGACUGAUGCCGCAGUUGUGCAGACGUCCUCAAAUGUCGUAGACACCAAAACGUGGUGAAGAGUGCGGUGCAGACGACACUUGCGCCUAGCAUAUGCCCGCCCCAAUCCCGCCCCAAUCCCGCCCAUCGUUGCAUAGGGGAUCACAGGACAUCUCGUACCCUGUGAUAGUCAUGUUUUCGGCAGCCCGAGGCCAAUGUUGCCAGACAGAGCCGAAGUUUCGAUUUCUCUUCAUGUUUAAAGUAAGAUUUGACAAUAUAUAUCCCAUUUUUCACGAAGCAAUUGAUGUAUAGUGCCCUUUAUUGGUGCUUUUUAAUGUGCAAUCGCUCAUUAUCGUGAAAUUUUUGGGAUUGAGCGGAGUUGCCCUUUAUGUUGAUCCAGUACAACACGCAUGUAUGUUCUUUGUGCAUGUGUAUUAUAGGUAGGAUUUUGUGUUUUUGAAGUUUAUUUUUUGUGAAAUUUGGAGGUUGUUUUUUUUAGUUUAUUUUUUGCUGCGAAUUCGGGGUUUAUCGGAG